AGGAAGAGCUUCACAUCGUUGCGACCAGGACUUUAAACACACUGUAGCCUGCACACACACACUGUGCCAUACAGUGGUGGAAGGAGGGAGAUCGUACUGUACUGGAUCUUACCCUGCAACAUCCCUGAUACAAUGUGUCCGAUCAUUUACUUUCUGCCAUAAUGUCUCUGAUUAUUUACUUCUCGCGCGUGCUGCUCUGACCGCGGUGUGUUUAUAUGGAGACUGCGUAUCGGUACCCUCAAAAACAGUCAACCGGGAAAUGGUAACACAUGAACCUCCUCACUGGAAGGAACAUGGUUGAGAGGAGCAGCAAAUUUCUGUUCAUCGUUGUCGGCUCGGUUCUGUUCAUGCUGAUUUUGUAUCAGUACGUGGCUCCGGGGAUGAUGAACUUCGGCUCUCCGCACGGGUACAUGAUGGAAGACGAUGCGGAUCUCUUCCCGACUCCUGAUCCUCAUUACGUGAAGAAAUACUAUUUCCCCAUCCGAGAUUUGGAGCGGACGGUGGAUUUUGAAAUCAAAGGGGAUGAUGUGAUCGUGUUCCUCCACAUCCAGAAGACCGGCGGCACCACGUUCGGCAGGCAUCUGGUCCAGAACGUGAGGCUGGAGGUGCCGUGUGAUUGCAGACCGGGACAGAAGAAGUGUACCUGUUACCGACCCAACAGGAAAGAGACCUGGCUCUUCUCGCGGUUCUCCACCGGUUGGAGUUGUGGCUUACACGCGGACUGGACCGAACUGACCAACUGCGUACCGGGGGUUUUGAACAAAAAGGAGAACAGGAUGAAAAACCAAAGGAAGUUCUAUUACAUCACCCUGUUACGGGACCCUGUAUCUCGCUACUUGAGCGAGUGGAGGCACGUCCAACGUGGGGCCACUUGGAAAACCUCCCUGCACAUGUGCGACGGGCGAACGCCCACGCCCGAGGAGCUUCCCCCCUGCUAUGAGGGCACUGAUUGGUCGGGCUGCACACUGCAACAGUUCAUGGAUUGUCCGUACAACCUGGCGAACAACCGACAGGUGCGCAUGCUAGCUGACCUCAGCCUGGUGGGCUGCUACAACAUGUCGUUUAUCCCAGAAAAGAAACGAGCCAAGAUAUUACUAGAGUCCGCGAAAAAGAACCUCCGUGACAUGGCCUUCUUCGGAUUGACCGAAUACCAGCGCAAAACGCAGUACUUGUUCGAACGGACUUUCCACCUCAAGUUCAUCAGGCCCUUCAUGCAGUACAACAGCACGCGGGCCGCCGGCGUUGACCUGGUUAAUGAUACAGUGCAACGUAUCGAGGAGCUUAACGAUUUGGAUAUGCAAUUGUACGACUAUGCCAGGGAUCUUUUUCAGCAGCGUUACAUGUACAAGCGGCAACUCGAGCGAAGAGAGCUGCGCCUAAAGAACCAACCCGCCCUUUUUCCUUUUCGUCGGAUGCCCAGCGCCAAUCCUUCAUCCAGGGAUGACGCGACUGUGUCUGAGGCUUCGCGCUUACCCACAGAGGACUAUAUGAAUCACAUUAUCAACCGCUGGUAGCAGUACUGGGGGAGGGGAAUGGGAACUACAGGUUGAUGAGGAGAAAAUGGCUUCAAUCCCAAGGUCAAGUUUAGCGGGAGACAAAAACUUAGACAGAGCUUUAGCGCCACCACCACCUUGUCCCUUAAAGACAAGUCAAAUAUGGCCCUCCCCCUUCUGUUAUGCUCCAGGAUAUCUCCAUCUCCGCAAGAGAGGAUUCCAAUAUCAUGAAACACUGGCUCUGUCUUCGAUUUGUGAAGACUAUAUUUGCCAGAUGACAGAUAUAGGACUGAUUAACAUAAAGCACUGAGCCUAAAGACUUCAAUGGGCCUAAUCACCCACUGAAGAGAAAAGAUAACAAAUGUAAAGAUUAUGGGAAUUUUAUUCACUACAGAUUUUAAAAGAAUGAACAGAAUGAAAUUGUAUAGAGGUAUUUGCUUAAAUGUUCGCUGUCAUUUCAGCCAUGAAUUUGUGACUAUAACAGUCUGUCUCUUUAUUUUUAGUUUAUUAUGCUCUUAUUUGUUUUAAUUAUUUUAAAGGGAUUUUACUUUCCCUCAAAGAUGUAUUCUCACAGCACUGAGACCAACAGAUCUGCCUAACACUUAUUGGAUGCAAUUUAUAAGCUUUUCAGAAUCAGUGAUGACUUGAAAAGGUCUGUUCUGUUGUCUUGUUUUUAUUUGUGCAUCAGUCACAAAUGUCAAUGCACCAAACAAGACGUGGACCAUAGCCAUUAUUUAAGAUAUGUGUAUUAAUAUAAUCUUGCCGAAUGUGAGAGCACACCUCAACUGGAGGUAUUUCUUUUGUCCGAUCUGACAGAUGUCUUGCGCAAUGCUAUUAGCCGAGAAGAAUUCUAGGUUGACAUGGCACCAAGCCUCAGCAUCCAAUCCAGGCAAUUUCUCAGUCAUGGAUGUUGUCUUAUGCCUAAAGGGAGCCAGUGUACACCCAAAGAGGAAACUGUAUCCUAAUUUACACUUAGUAGGAAUUGGCUUUUUGUUUCUGAGCUUCUAGGACUGGGUGAUAUAGCUACAAAAAUUCAUAAUUUCAGCCUUUUUGUGACAUUCAAUCCAUUCUAACGCUAUUUUGCUACUAGUGUUUAAAUAAGAGAUGCUAUUAAAAGAUGUAUGAAUGCUCUCACACUAAUGAAAUGUCUUUUAAAAAAGCUGAGUGUGUAAUUUAUUCAUUGUUAAAAACAUCCUGCUGUCCUAGCUUGAAAUGCAGAGACAACUAUAAGUAAACCAGGCAUAGGUUCAUUUUCUCAAAAACUGUAAAUACUUUGUCUCUGUGGCACUUUUAAAAAGUCCUCAGUUUAUUUUGAGUGGCCCAUUCUGUUCAACACAACAACAUUGCCUCGAACAAUUGCGUGAGUUGGGGUGGGGCCAUCUACUGAUUUAUCAACAGCAGAUGGUAGGCAUAGUUAGAAAACUGUUUGAAAAAAGUGUUUAUUUUUGUAAUUUUGUUCGGUCGAUGUAGUGGUGCAGAAAAUACACUUCAGCUCUUAUAGUCAAGUAAAAAUGUGUUAAAAUCAUUGUGAUAUUCACAAUGUUAGUUAAUUUUAUAUUGUUAGCAAAAUCAUCCCAAAUACAUUGUGGAUAUUCGAUAUAUCACCCAGCCCUAGUGUGUAAAAUAAAGAGCUCAUGAAUCCCAUUGCAGAAGGAAGAGGCCAUAAACACAGCCUUUAUAAAUGUCACCACCAUUUCCAAUUUCUGUUGACUACUCGUUAUUUCUAAUGCAAAUAGAUAAGGAAUGUCUGUAUGUGUAUAUACAAUGAGUGUUGUAGCAUUCUGUUGAGUACAACUGUUCUACAGUAAGUAUGCAAGCGUGUUUGGAUGUUACCAAAUAUUUUAUGCGUGCAUGUGUGUGUGUGCGUGUGUGUGUGUGUGUGAGAGAGAGAGAGAGAGAGAGAGAGAGAGAGAGAGAGACAGACUCAUGACCAAUCUCUUGACAUGGUCCUCAGGGACUGAAGCCAGUAAGGGGACAAGAAAGUAUUGCAUCUGCAUGAGGGUGAGUAAAUGAUGAGAGAAUUUUCAUGUUUGGGAAAACUAUCCCUUUAUGUUGACUACAUUUAGAGAAAACUAAAUGUGAAUUAGGUAUCAGGAAGAAUUACCCCACUUGAAAUGUGCCCUUCCUGUUUAACUGACUUUCGAGAUGUUCUUAGGUACAUCUUCUACUUACUGUUCUGCUGUGGGAAUAUUAUUUCUCAGUAACCAUAAAGGCAGACUACUCUUCACUUAUUACAUAUUUAACAAGCCUAGAGUGUUUUUACAUUAUACAGGCACAAAUGUCUUAUCAUGAACGAUCUGCAUAAUUUAUGAAUGAUCCAAGGCAGCCCUUUAUUACUGUCUUAAUGUGAUACUAUCAUUCCUUUCAGGUGAAAAUAAUUGCGAAAUGCUCUUUAUCAAACUUGUAGAGGUAAUUCUUCAAUGCAAAACUUACUCACUCAUCUUGACUAGUUUGGUGACCAAGGCAUACACCCAACCAAUCAGAGUGUAAAGUGUUAGGUCAGAACCAUACUAUGUGCAAGUAUGCAAAUGCUUGGCUAACUUAACUAAACAUGCAUUCUUUCAUUACUAUGUGGGUUACACACCUCAGUAUUCAAAGGGGCCAUAGAGUAAACCUUAAAUGUCUGUACUUGAUGUAACCUGAUGUGUUUAAUUUUGAUAAUUUAACUAACUUUCUCAGCAAGAUUGUCUUUAAACUAUUUUUGCUCUGCCAUGACAGUUGUUCAGGUGAAAGAGAAAACUGGCCAUAAAACAAAGCAGCUUACGCUAAGCCCGCUAUAGCGCCCCUUGUGGGAGUACUGAGAAUGCACCAUGAUUUGUUGCUUAUUUCAGAACGCACUGACGUGUGAAAUCAAGCUUACGUAGCUAGAGGCUUUUGCGUUCACGUUCUCGCAUUCAGUAUGUUUCGGGCCUUUAAUGUGAGUUGAGCAAAGUGACUUAAUUGUUUCUGAAAGAAUGUGAGUGUGUGUAAGAGUGAAAGCAGCAUUAGCGAAUCCCUGAGCUCUGCAGAGAAAGCGUUCUGCGGGGUGCAUUUCAACAAUGGAUAGUCAAAGACACCAAUAAAAAUAAAAAAUAAAUCAUUUUUAUAUA